UGUGUGUCAUUUUCUCCAAACCCCUCCUUCCCUCCAUCAUUGAAAAGCCCAGUCUAAUCCAAGAGAACUCAGACACUGAGGAGAGAGACACACCUUGACCUUCCUGGGAAGCAAGUUACAGAGGAAAUAACUAAAAAAACAAAUCGAAAGAAGUAUGGGAUACGCCGGCGUUCAGAUCGUGGCCGUGGCGCUCACGGUGAUCGGACUCGUGGGCUCCAUAGUGUGCUGCGCUCUGCCCAAGUGGAGAGAGAGCUCCUUCACGGGCAGCAACAUCGUGACUGCGCAGGUGCAGCAGGAGGGGCUGUGGAUGAGCUGCGUGGUGCAGAGCACCGGCCAGAUGCAGUGCAAGAGGUACGAUUCCAUGCUGGUGCUGGACACCGACCUGCAGGCGGCCCGGGCCAUGGUGGUGAUCAGCUGCAUGCUGUCGGUCUUGGGGAUGCUGGUCGCUUUCGCCGGCUCCGAUUUCACCACCUGCGUGCAGAACGAGUCUGCCAAGGGGAAGAUAAUCCUGACAGCCGGCAUCGUGAUCAUCGUGUCCGGCUUGUUGAUGCUCAUCCCGGUCAGCUGGUCCGCCAACACGGCCAUCCGCGCCUUCUACAACCCGCUGGUGCCUCAGAAGAUGGAGCUGGGGGCGAGCAUCUUCAUCGGCUGGGGCGCGGCGCUGCUCCUCAUCGUCGGCGGCGGGCUGCUGUGCUGCUUCCGCUCCAAAGGAGGCGAUGGAAAUUACGCGGCUCAGUAUUACUCCAAGAAUCAGCCGGCCUCCGCGCCCAGCAAGAAUUACGUGUAAUAUUGAAAGAACCGAUUACUUCCUGUGCGCGUUUAAAUUCACUUACCCAAUACAUUAAAAUGAGGUUUUUUUUUAAAAUGGUAAUAUUAACAUGUCAAUAAAGUAACGGGUGAAUUCAGGGUGUUUAUGUAAUGACGUUCUGGAAUAUGAUAUUCUUUUCUGUAAUGCAUUUUUAGUCCGUUACCUGCAGUGCCGUCUAGUGGCGCUGUGCGGUAUUACACACUACAGUUAACACUCUUAAAAUGGCAUUCGUAGUAACUAUUAUUCCAGGAUCUCAAUAUAUCUAACAGAAUGAUGUUGUUAUUAUUAUUUUUUUUUUUUUUGUAAUUUUAUUAUUACUGUAACGGUCCUGUAUAAACAUUUCUUUUUUUUUGUUUUUAUAUAAGUUUUAUUCUUGGUUACGUAUUCAUGGUGUAUUUACUAGUAAACUUCAGUAUAUUCUUUUGUGUUUUUAAAUAAAACAAAAAUGAAAAAUA